AUGGUUGCAUGGUUGCAUGAAUACGAAAAGAAUUCCAAGUAUAAGAAAUUGGAACAACAAUUCGAUCAAAAUAAAAAAUACUUUGAAUCACGUUGCAAUGAAUUAGAGCAAAAAUUAAAGGAUGAGAGAUCUCAAAUUCGAUCAUUGGAAAAAAGGAAUGGUGAAUUAGAAAAAGAGGCAUCAAAUUAUCAAUCUGCUCUUGGAGUUGCAACGUCCUUUAAUUUAAGUGAUGAUGAUCAAAAUCACUCGGUUCGACUUAACCAAGAUAUUUUAAGUUUACACGAUACUUUAGAAAAUUACGUUACGAAUUUGAAACCUAAUAUAGAUGUUAAUAUAAAAGAAGCGAAAAAAAUCUUACAUAAAUAUAAAUGUCAAACAGAAAUUUCCGAAAAGAAACCAAACAAGCCAGUUAUUAAGGCCGCCUUACAACGUCAUGUACUCGAAGUGAUAUUUGAACAGGCUGAUUUCUAUUUUACUCGCUCCAAUAAGGAGCAUUACCUAGAAUCGGAGAUUGUCUCGAAAACUGUUGAAUUAACAGAUUUAAUGGAAAAUUUCUAUAAUAACCGUCUCGGUGAUGAUAGAGUGACACGUCAUACGCCGAUAAAGCUGCGUCAGCAAGUCUACUCCGCGCUUGGUACUCGAGGAUUUAAUGAUAUCGUUUAUUCGAAUGGAAUUUCUAAGAAUUCUAAGCAUAACUUUAUUCACAUUAUCUCAAAAAAAAUCAAUAAGAUGAUGAAUAAAUUUCGUGUAAUUAAGGAUGUCGAAAAGAGAAGAUAUGUCAAUUCUCUGGCGGAAGAUUUGAUUCGAGAUGUCGUUAGAAUUUUUUAUUUUCGUUUAAAAAUUCAAGAACCAAUGGCUCAAUAUCGUUGGUAUGAAAAUAACGAAAAGAUCAAUAAAUCUACCAUGAAGAGUGUUAGUGAAAAAAUAUUUAAUGCAACCAAGUCCCUUGGAAAUAAAGUCAAAAGGUUUUAUUCUGGAGGUGAAAAUUCAAAUUUAUCAAUUGAUUCGGUGAAUACUUAUGAAUAUGUUGAUUCUGAUGCCGAAAUGACAAAUAAUGAAGACAAUUAUGAAGAUCUAGACAUGACGGAUCAAGAGUAA